AUGCCGGACAUCGACAAUCCAGCCAGUCCGGUGCCCGUUCAAAUCGAAGAACGCAAGUCCCCAGGCUCGCCCCACUCGCCCUCUGCAACGCGCAGCAGGCAUCCGCACCAUCAUUCGCCGAGCUCUCAAGGCUCCACACCUUCGCCAUCCAACUUGUCGCACCCAGCCUCGCUCAACGGCGACGAUGCCAGGCACGGCACAUCUCCCGCCACUUCGGUCGACGUGCCAUCGGUGCCGCCUGCGGGCCUGAAGCUCGACACUGCCUCUCACUACGCACAGACCCGUAGGGAACAGCAGGCAUCGCUGUCGCGGGCCGGUGUGGCUCGAUCGCCUCAUCCUCUGGAUGGAUCAUUUACAGGACGGUCCGGUGGCAUGCUGGCCACGAUGCAGGAAGAAGGUGGGCCCGGCUUUGCCGACAGUCGACGCGACUCUUCGCUGGGAUUCGACUCGAACCAGACGUUUUCGCAGAUGGAGCAGGCCAUGCGCGCGUCGCGACAUCGGUCCGCCUCGAGUGCAGCAGCGCUUGCGCUCCACGGCAGCAGCGGCCCCUAUGUCGAUCGUUGGGCCAGCAACGCCGCAGGCAGGAUUGCGCCCGCGUCCAACCUGCCGUCCCGUACCCUUUGGGACGGAGUAAGGACGGGAGAAGCCGCGGGCGGACCCAAUGCGCCGAACAGCAUGGCUGCCCAGAGGCCCCAACCCCACCUCCAGCGCGGCUUUUCGGCCUCGUACGUGCGCAGCAAACCGGAGCCAGCAUCGCCUUCGCCGUUCCUGAGCUCGCCAGCGGGCUUCCACGAUCUCGGCUUUGACUUUACCGAAGGCUCGUUGCGCACACAUCGCUCCAACUACAACACCAACUCUUCGCCCUUUGGCGCGGUGCACGAUCUUCCCGAGCUGUCGUCGUAUCCCGAGCCAUCGCGACUCGGUGGAGCCGAUGCGGAUGGCCCAGAUGGAGACAACGAUCGUGCGCAGUCCGGUUACGAGUCGCGACGCCACUCGGUGGCCGGUCCCACGAUUGCCAGACGCGAUUCGUCCAGCGCCGGUGUGAUUGGCGGCCAUCGACGAGCGAUCGGCUUCGACGUGGCCGGACCGUACACGACCGAUAGAGGCGGUCACGAGCUUGCCGGUCACGGUACCACCGCCGAUCGAGGCUGGCCCGUCGCCGGCAGGCACGGCAGGGAUCGCAGCAUCACCAGCGUCAGCGCUACUGCCUCGGGCUUCAACCCCUUUGCCGGAGGCAGCCUGGCCCUCUCUCUGGACGACUUAGCUGGCGAUUCGGACUUUGAGCCGUCUUCGCACGCCCGCACCCCUCGCCGUGACAUGAGUGGCACGAGAGGCACCGCUGAUCCAACAUGUGUCUCUGGCACUAGCGCACCGAAUGUUGGCCCGCAUGCCGCUUCCAUGCCCUCCGCAUUCGACGAGGGCAGCCUCGACGGUUUUGGAGCCGGCUCGACCCGAUUUGCAGAUGCACCGCGCCUGACGCGGGCUGGCUUGGACAGCCUCUCUGCCAGCUGGGACACGAUGGCUCCUUCGCACAUGGCGACUCGCUCUCCUGGUGAAGGCCAGCACACCUUUGCCGAGAUGACGAGGCGUCUUCGGCAGAUGUCGAUUGGCGAACAGGAUGUGCACUCUCACUCGCACCGUCACGGCUCGAAUGCCUCGUCUUUCUUUGACAACCAGGCCGAGGGCACGCGGACUGUCCGGGCAAGCCCAGGCACGUCACCCACUGGCGUACGGGGGCUCGCCGCUCCUACCACCGGGCAUGCUUUGUCGGCCCAAGCCAAGUCCUUCACGGCCUCGCAGCCGAUGGCGAGCUAUGGUCAGGACUUUGCGGGCGCCAUCAGUGGAGCCGCACCGGGCGCGCAUGGCAUGCAUGCCGGCUUCGGCUUUGCGCCACCUGGCUCGGUGCUGGCUCCAGGCAGCCGCAUGCCGUAUCCGCCCCCAACCGCGUCUCCCUUCGGAAUGAUGCAGCAGUCUGCUUUCGGUCCCGGUCCCGGUCCUGCUCUGGGCUUGAGCGGUCCUGCUCCUCUUCCUGCGCUCUCGCCCAACGACCUGACGUUUUCGAGCCUGGCAGCUCUCGGUCCGAUGCCACCAAGUUCGAUGGGACCUCCGGGAGCCCUCGGCGGUGGCGGCGCGCCGUUCGGCUCGGGAGCGUCGGGGGAUCUGCAGGACCUUGGCAAGGGAGUGCCGCUCGGCAGCCUGUCGAAGGACACGCCGCUGUACAUUGUCGAGUUCAAGCAAGGACGCACGGAUCUGUUCUUCCGCUCGCAUUCGCCGACUCAGUCGCCCUCGAUGCGCGAGGAAGAGCCCAUCCGCCGAGGCGACUUAGUGAUUGUCGAAGCGGAUCGAGGCAAGGAUCUGGGCACGGUGGUCAACGACAGCAUCACGGUGGAGCAGGUGCAAGCGUUCCUUGCGCAUCAGUCGGAUCUGACGAUUGGCGCGGCUGCAGCGCUUCAAGGCAACGGCAGCACGGGUUUGGGCGCUGGCAGCAGCCGCGACGAGACGAGCUCGAAUGCCUCGGGCAGGAGCGGGUCGCCUUCGGCCUCGUCGGCUGCGAGCGGACCGAGCAGCAGUGCGACUUCGAAUGCGAUGGCGAGUCGACCCAUGCGGACGAUCAAUCCCAAACGCCUGUUUACCAAGGCGACGGCAGCCGAUACGAGCACGCUUUACUCGAAGGCGCAGGACGAGGAGCGUGCGCUGCAGCUGUGCAUCUCGAAGGUGAUGCAGCGUGGACUGCCAAUGAGCGUGGUGGCGGCCGAGAUGCAGUGGGACCGACGCAAGCUGACGUUCUACUACACUGCGAGCAUGCGGGUCGACUUUCGCGAUCUGGUCAAGGAGCUCUUCCGCCUGUACAAGACGAGGAUCUGGAUGUGCCACCUCGGCCAUCCGAGCGGCACGGGUCUCAGCUAG